AUGUUUUCCAAAGUAUGUAAGAAUAUCAUCAACCAAGGAGCCAGACAGUAUUCUUCAAAGAAUGGUUUAAAAGUCACAGUAUGUGGAGGUUCAGGCGGCAUUGGUCAACCCCUGUCGUUGUUGUUAAAACAAAGUCCACUCAUCACCGAUUUAGCUAUUUAUGAUAUUGCUCCAGUAACUCCAGGUGUGGUUGCUGAUCUAAGUCACAUGGAUACCAAUUCAAAUGUAACCAGUCAUGUUGGUUUGGACAGCUUAAAAGAUGCAGUAGCUGAUACCGAUGUUGUUAUUAUCCCUGCAGGAAUCCCUCGUAAACCUGGUAUGACAAGAGACGAUUUAUUCAAUACAAAUAUUUCAAUUGUAUGCGAUAUUAUUAAGGUUAUUGGACAAGUCAGUCCUCAUGCUCUUGUUGGAAUUAUAUCAAAUCCAGUCAACAGUGCCGUGCCUGCUGCCGCAGAAAUAUUGAAGAAGCUUAAUGUUUAUGAUCCAAAAAGGUUAUUUGGUGUGACUACAUUAGAUAUUGUUCGGUCUAACAGAUUCAUUGCUGAACUUAAAUGUCUUAAUGCUACCGAUGUAAAUGUUCCUGUUAUCGGUGGACAUUCCGGACCAACAAUAAUUCCCUUAAUUUCUCAAUGUACACCUCAAGUGAAAUUUGAUCAUGAUGUGCUCGUGAAGCUUACAAAACGCAUUCAAGAAGCCGGUACUGAAGUUGUACAAGCUAAGGCUGGCGCUGGUUCUGCAACCCUGUCUAUGGCAUUUGCAGGCGCCAAAUUUACAACUUCUAUGUGUAGAGCGAUUCUUGGCGAACCAAAUGUUGUGGAAUGCUCAUUCGUAGAAUCGACAGUGACCGACUCACCAUACUUCAGUACACCAGUUCUUAUUGGGAAAAAUGGAAUUGAAAAGAACUUUGGCAUGGGAAAUCUGUCAGAUUUUGAAAAAGAAUUACUAAAGGCUGCCUUACCCGAAUUGGCUUCCAACAUUAAGAAAGGAGCAGACUUUGGCAAGAACUACAAAUAA